GAGUCUUUUAACGGUUAGCGUGUUUUUCCAAACGGAAUAAAUUCACAAUGUAUUUAUUCGCGCUUAAAGUACUGCUUUCGACCAAAAUACGGAGUUCGUUUUUGUUUUAAAAUGUGCUGUUUUGCCCAGCGGACAUGAUGUGAUUCAUUUUUUUCCAUUUCAGUUAGUGAGAGAAGGCUAUUUUUGGGGAUUAAAGUAACUAAAAACCCGAACUGUGAGGGGAAAAUGGGCAAAUUCCAGUCAAAACAUGCCUGCAAACGAAGAGAAAACCCUGAAGGGGACAGUUUCGUCGUGAAUGGCUUUAUUUCAAAAAGAGGAGCUGAAGAAUGUGACCGAUAUGGCAGUGAGCAGAAAAUGAGGAACACUCAGGAGUCACAGAGUGGUGACCUGAAAGAUGGAGAAGUUGUAGAACAUCACUGCCCUCUACAGGUGGUCCUUCCCCCUGAGAAAGCGGAGGGCUGUGAGAGUUCGCUGCAGUUUGUUCAGUGUGAGGAAGGGCAGAGAGAGACCAGCAAAGGGAGGAAACGCAUCAGCCUGGAUGAGCUGGAGUGUGACGUGUCUCUGGAGGAUGAUAACAGGCAGGAGUGGGUCUUCACCCUCUAUGACUUCGACAACAGUGGCAAAGUGACCAAAGAGGAUAUGUCCAGUCUCAUGCACACUAUCUAUGAUGUGGUGGAUGCCUCUGUAAACCAGUCAUGCCACAGUAAGAGCAAGACACUGAGGGUGAAACUGACCGUUACUCCAGAUCCCAGCAACCGUCGCAGAGAACACACACACUCUGGAACAGAGCGAGACUGGAAUUGUAGCCGUGUGGAGUCCACCCAGCAGGAGGAACUACGUGGAGCAGACAGACGGCACUCCACACACAUCAGAGGGCAGGUCACUGACCCCCCGGACCGGAAUCAUUACUGUGUGGAUGAAAACACGGAGAGGAGGAAUCAUUAUCUGGAUCUGGCUGGCAUCGAGAACUACACCUCCAGGUUCGAAGUCACGGCGCCCCCUGCAGUCCGUCAGGAUCAGUCCACCCGAGCGUCUCACUCUCAGAGCCGGUCUCGCUCGCACGAGCCUGAACCACAUGCCCAACAGCGCCGCUCUCAGGUCAUCACUGAGCACUGCACCCGGCCAGCCCACAGCAAAUCCCCUAAAGGAGUGUCCAGAGGAGGUGGGGUGACCCCAGCAGUGGUCAGCGGAGGUGGGAGGGGCAGUAAGUGUUAUAUGCAUUAUCCUGCAGUUCAGGCUGGACACCACGGAGGCCAGGAUGUUUAUCAUCUGCCCCAGCAGAACCAAUCACAGCCAGCCAUGCACCUCCAGCACCCUCUACAGCACAGCCACAGCAAGAGGCUCAGGGCAAAAGUCAGAGAGCAGGCCGGCAAACAGCAGCAGCCUUCGCCGGACCGAGAGUCUGUCAGCAGCCCUGGAGGCUUUGUGCUACCUGUGGUCCAGCGGCACGAGCAUCAUCACCACCAUGAGCAUCAUCAUCAUCAUCACUACCAUCACUACCAUCAGACAUGACCGGAUACUGCACCUGUAGGGCAGCGUGGAAGAGUCUUUCUAUUCUUGUGGUCACUAAUCUUGGUCCUGGAGUACUCCCGUCCUGCAAUGUGAUCAGCUGCGUUCACAUUACAUUGCUCAAAUCCGAUUUUUUGCUCAGAUCCGAUCUCUCUAACAUUAUUGUUCACACUUGUUUAGGCAACUGAUUCAAAUCUGUCAUUGACCCGGAUAUGACCCACAUGCGCACAUCCUGCUCAGUAACGUCACGUGAAUGAAUCACGUGCAGCAUCAGCACAAACUAACGAGCAGAACGAGCUUCGCUGAGAAGAUAAUUACUCUGAUCAGCUCUCAGCUUCAUUAUUAGAGUGUGACUAAGGAGAAAAAGGUGAGAUGAGCUGCUUUUCCACCAUUUACAGGCUUUAACUUCUGUUCAGCGCUGCUGCCAUGGGAACGCUGAAUGAUGCCACACGCGCACAUUAGGGCAAAAAAUCGGAUUUGUACCUCUUACACCUGGUAAUGUGAAUGUAGCCUAACUGAUAAGCUAAUCAAAGGGCCCAUAGCGUGGAAUACAUUACUUACUAAAAACAGGUUGAUGUAAUAUAUAGGGCUGAAACAAGUACUGUACAAAAAAAGAAACAGACAUUUCUGUAGAUUUUUUGUUUACGUUUUCACAGUGAAUGUCCAACCUGGAGUGAGUUAGCGAGUUAACUAGAGAGGGUAGCAUGUUUCCUUGUGUUGAGCCUGAUCUGGGAAUUUAUUGAGUAACAGACUUGUCUAAAGAGGAAUCAUAUCUGUUGGUAUGUACUUGACUUGCACCAAGAUAGCAGAUAAACGUGACUACUAAACCAUCUAAGGCCCAAUCCCAUUUCACCCCUACCACUGAGGCCUUAGCCCUCUGUUUUGUGCAUUCACCUCUAGGAGUAGGAUGUCCCAAUUUUUGUUGAGAUAGAGUUGGAGGGUGGUGGAG